AUGGAAACGCGAGCGCUCGUUAACUAUGCUUACCCGUGUGAUCUUCGUUCUUGCGCUCAUUGCGCUUUCUUACGCGGUUGGUUCAUCUUUAUUGUAUAUUCUGUUGUUAAGAUUUUUGCUGAUUUCAGUGUAGAUCGAAUGGAGCUUGCGGAUGUUGCGGAUGCAGAGCGAAGGCAAAGGCUCUGUAGAUCGAAUGGAGCUUGCGGAUGUUGCGGAUGCAGAGCGAAGGCAAAGGCUCGUGCGGCCAAUAACGUCCAUUUGAAUGGUGACACUUUGGAUCCUCGCGACGAUGGCAAUAUCUUUGGUCUGGAGAUAUGGAAUAAGACCGACUUGAACGUAAAUACAGAAAAUAUAGCGCGAUUUACCAAUCCCAACUUCUUGUUCCAUCGUUGCUGCGAAGAGCGUCGUCUACCUCCUGCUUGUGUGCGGAAAUGUCAUUUCAACACGUACGAAAAAGAAGCGCUCGAAGCUAUGUUUGUUGGGACCGACGAAUGUCCGAUUGAUUUCUUGCCGGAGAUGCAAUUCUGUGCAGCUCAAGGCAUGGAUCAUCGUAAGGUGGGUCUUUCUUAG